AAUGCGGCCUUCAGACCUCCAUGAGCAGAAUUGUCGGGGGAACCAAUGCCACUGAGGGUGAGUGGCCGUGGCAGGCGAGUCUACAGAUCAGUGGCCGCCACAUUUGCGGGGGGAUUCUCAUCCAUGAGAAGUGGGUACUGUCUGCAGCCCACUGCUUCGUUAGCAGGUUUGCACCACCCGACCGUUGGACUGUUGUCCUGGGUAAGUUCAAGCUUGAUGUUGUCAGCUACCACCAGCUCACCUUCACGGUGGUAAAGAUCAUUUCUCACCGGUACUACGAUGAAGACACCUAUGACCACGACAUUGCUCUACUUCUGUUGGACCAACCCGUGCCCAUUGCGCCAUUCAUAUACCCCAUAUGCCUCCCGGCUAGCACACACGUGUUCGAGACAGACAGAACAUGCUGGGUAACCGGCUGGGGCACAACUGAGGAAGACGGGUCAGCUGCAAAUGUUCUCCAGAAAGUAGAUGUCAAGUUGGUUGAUCAGUCUACCUGCAAUAAAGCGUAUUCCUACACUAUUACUCCCAGGAUGAUCUGUGCUGGCUACCCUGAAGGAAAAAAGGAUUCCUGUCAGGGUGACUCUGGAGGGCCGCUGGUCUGUGAAGAGGCGAGUGGGCGGUGGUUCUUGGCUGGAAUCGUGAGCUUCGGUUACGGCUGUGGCCGACAGGAAUACUAUGGCGUGUACACGCGGGUGACCCGACUCAUCGAUUGGAUUAAUGCCAAUAUUUCAUAACCAUGGCGGAAUCCGAGAGGUUUGGGACGUGUAAGGCAGCCAGAGGCGCUCAUACUGCUCACACAGGACUAUCAAUCGGGAACCAGAGAUUUCGGCAAAUGUUCCAAUGGUGUCGGCCAGGGCGUUGAGAUGUUGUUGAAGUCUUCUCUGUAAAUAAACCAAGCAGCCAAUGAACCAGCCCUACACACACACACGCGCGCGCACGUACACACACACACACAUACACACACACACACAUACACACACAUAUACAUGAGCUGCCUGAGCUGGUUGCACAGGCAUUUAAUAGGGUCAAGAAGGGAUGGGAGGUUUAGCAAUUAUAUUCUUGCGAGGCUUGUGUUAUUCGGGACAGUAUCCAGUGAGAUGUUCUCCUAGCAGGCAGUAAUACGGGAAUUAGAUCAUGUCUGAUCUGUAUCUUAACUCCAACUAACCACUUUGCUUCCAUAACCUUUAAGCUGUAGCCUACCCAAAAUUUAUCAAUCUCAGUUUUCACUUGCCCACAUCCCUCACUCCAGCCAACAGCUUUUGUUUUGCGGAGGAAAGACAAAGAGCUCCUGAUUUCCACUUAUGGAAAUAAAAAAAAGUUACCUGAUCUCAGCUCUUUGUUUUGGUUCCCUUGUUCUGUAUAUGCCCUAACUGGAUGAAACAGUUUCUUGCUGUCUACCCCAUCAACUUUUUGUCAUAUUCUUUGAAUCUCAAUUGGGGUGAAUACCUCAAGAAUCCUUCCAAACCUGUGGCCUCCUGGCAUUUGUUCUGAAAUCUGAGACUUUUAAAAUUUUGUUCUGGGUCGCUCGCUGGUUCCUUCAGAUCGAAUCAAGAUCAUAGAAUCCCUACAGUGUGGAAACAGGCCCUACGGCCCAACAAGUCCACACCGA